UCUGGUCCCUCUAAUUACACAACUCUCCGGACUCAGCUGUUCGGUCACCUCAUUUUUGUUUUCCCUGCUUUUAUUUAUAACAAUUGCCCGCAUAAACACAUCGCCAGCAUGGACGCAAAGUAGGCAACGCCAUGGAGACGCUGCCAUGUGCCAACCAGCUGCAGGAUCACCAGCAGCCGCAGCAGCAGCUCGUGAAUCUCAGCAUUGACGCGAGUCUGGGCGAGAAUGUGGUCAGCAUUCCCAAGGAGCUGAUCCUCAUCUCGCUGGUCUCCCAGGAGCAGUCGCUCUACAAUCCCAAGCAUCCCAACUACCGGAGCACCAAGACCAAGGACGAGAAGUGGAUGGAGAUUGGCAGCAAUGUGGGCUGGUCAGAUGUACAGUGCAAGUCCAAAUGGAAGGCCAUGCGGGAUCAGUACUGCCGGGAACUCAAACGCGCCAAGGCCUGCGCUAAAGCCGUCAAGUGGAAGUACUUCAAGGAACUGGAUUUCCUGCGUCCAUAUGCGCUGGCAAGGAAUUACAGAGGAAGAUCAGGCCAGAAUGCCAAUGGCCUAGUGCCUACGGCAACACCAAUAUCUCUGCCCCUGGGCACCUCAUUCAGCAGCAACAGCAGCAGCCAGAACCUCAACCUCUCCGGCAGCAUUAAGAUUGAAGAUGCCAGUGCCUCCGCGCUGCUGGACAACUGCACCUUCAGCUCGGCCAGUUCGGUGGACAAGAAGCCUGCGGCCACUUUCUUGGCCAGCCAUAUUGGGGCAGUGUUGCAGCAGCAGGAGCAGCAACUGCAGACGCAACCUGAAAGCAAUUGGAACUACCUGACGGAUGCGGGAGGCGGUGCUACCCCAUCAAUCAUUGUGCAGUGCGGCACGGCUAACACAACCACUGUGGUGGACACUCUAUACAACGAGUUAGUGGACUGCGUCAAUGCCGCCAAUCAGUCAAACUCAGCUGCAACAGCUACUUCCACUGUGUCCACCACUUCGGCUGCGCACAAUCAAUCGACAAAUGCCGAAGAGGAGGACGACGAUCCCAUACACACCUUCCUCAACAUGGAGAGCUACUUUGAAAAGGAACUGAUCACGUUGAUCCAGCAGGAGGACAUGAUCUACAACUACAGCAAUGAGAACUAUCGCAAUGCAAAGCUCAAGAUGGAGGUGUGGGAGGAGAUCGCCAGAAAGCUUAAGAAGUCUGUAAAACAAUGUCGACUCAAGUGGAAGGCUUUAAGGGACCAAUAUGCUCGCGAGCACAAGCGAUUAAGGACACUCAUGCACAUCGACGCCACUUCGCGUUGGAAGCAUUAUGAUUCGCUCAGUUUCCUGCAAAAGUACAUACAACAAAAGACGCUCGAUGCCGAAUCGCAACUCAGCAUGCUGUUACCCAAAAAUGAUUCGGUAAGAGAACUGGAGGACCACAUGGGCCACUCCCACUCGCCGCCCACGCAGCAGAGCACCUUGGAGUCGUCUUCGUCGAGUUCCCAACUCAACAUGCCCGCUUUGCCUCAUUUGACUGGACCACACAAGGCUGAACAACAGCAGCAGCAGCAGCAGCAGCAACAGCAGGAGGAACACCAGCAACAGGCCAGUGAGUUGUGUGUGGCCUCCUACGAUGACAUGGACAUCGAGAACUACAUCAAUGGGGAUGCACAUCAUGACGAUGAGGAGGAGGAAGACGAUGAUGAGGAGAUGGAAACCACAACGGCAGCGGAACAGACGAAUCAGCAGCAAGACCAGCAUGUAAUGAGUUAUGAUCACGACGAGGGACCCGUUUACAUGGCUGUGCACAGCGUUGGCAGUUCGAUGGCCAAACAGGAGCAGCUCAGCGAAGGAGCCUCUAGCUUAGAACAGCAUCAGCAGCCUCAAUCGACUGGAGAGUAUCAGAAAUUGGAGAUACAGACGCCCACUACGCCUCGAUACCAGAAUGCUGCCACCACGCCCAGCUCCACAUCCACCUCGCGCUAUCACUCGGCACCCAUCACGCCCAAUAAACCCAACCAUAUGGAGUUUCCCUCCAGCAAUGGCCACAAUUCUGGAGAGGAUGAUGAGAUCGGUGCGUUUUUCAAGGCUGUUUCCAUGAAGAUACGUAAUGCUCAGCUGGAACCGGUGGCCUUCACCGAACUGCAAAUCGAAAUUCUGCGUGUCAUUAACGAGGCACUGAGGAAUCACUAGUGACCGCUAGCUUCCUAGAGGAGCAGGAGUCACUAGUGACCUCUAGCUUCACAGAGAAGUAGGAGAAGUAGAAGCUUGGGCGGACCAUCAACGGUUUCAGGGCGAUUCAUUGUAGAUUUUAAGUGUUAUUUCAAAAGUGUUUUUUCUAAUUUCUAGACGAGUUGAUAUUUUUGUAAAUUUUCUUUUAAAUUUGUGAACUUUUUAAUGCGAAAACCAAUUGGUUGAUCAGCUCAAAGGCGAAACUUAAAAUGUUACGUGUAAAUAGACCAAAAUCCAAUGCAAACUGAAAGAAAUAGUGUUUAUUAGCUUAGGAUGAACUAUUAUUUAAAUAAUUGUAACCAAAUCGAUUGUAACCAAUUCGUACAAUGUCAA